AUGGCUUCGUCCAGCUCCUCCAGCACCUCAGGCGGCCCCAUCGCCAGAGGAUCUCGAAGGAGGAGGCUCGUUCUGAAGCUGAGCCAGAAGGACACCCUGCAAGCGCUCUUUCAACAGAACCCCUACCCUGGGAUAGCGACCAGAGAACGACUGGCCCGAGAGCUUGGCAUUGCCGAAAGCAGAGUUCAGGUCUGGUUUCAGAACCAACGAAGAAGACGGUUAAAGCAGAGCCGAUCGCCGUCUGCAAAUAUGCGCCAAGACGGGGAAGGGGCGCCAGGAGAGGCCAGGAGAAAGAGGACAGCCAUCUCUCCUUCUCAAACAAGGAUCCUUGUGCAAGCCUUCACGAGGGAUCGCUUUCCAGGGAUUGCCGCCAGGGAAGAACUGGCUCGUCAGACGGGAAUCCCAGAACCUCGAAUCCAGAUAUGGUUUCAAAACCGAAGAGCUCGGCACCCCCAGCAGAGCGCAAGGGGGCCUGGCAAUGCGCCUUCCCCGGGGGCUGCUGCGGAUGCAGGAGCACACCCUGCCCUCCCAGGCACAGCCAGCAUCCUAGAAGAGUUCGUGGAGGCCACAGGCAUCCCGGACACGCAGGCGCCUUCCCCGGGGGCUGCUGCAGAUUCAGAAAUAUGGUUUCAAAACCGAAGAGCUCGGCACCCCCAGCAGAGCGCAAGGGGGCCUGGCAAUGCGCCUUCCCCGGGGGCUGCUGCGGAUGCAGGAGCACACCCUGCCCUCCCAGGCACAGCCAGCAUCCUAGAAGAGUUCGUGGAGGCCACAGGCAUCCCGGACACGCAGGCGCCUUCCCCGGGGGCUGCUGCAGAUUCAGAAAUAUGGUUUCAAAACCGAAGAGCUCGGCACCCCCAGCAGAGCGCAAGGGGGCCUGGCAAUGUCCGGGCCCGAGGACCAGGCGGCGCAUCGGCCACGACUGCUCCUGCUCCAGAGGACCGAAGGGCCCCACCCGCUGUCCACAGCACCUCUCCUCCCCUUGGCCCCUCUCAGACACAGGAGAGCAUGCCACCCUUGGCUGCAGCCGCUCCUUUGGGCGCCCCCACCUUCUGGGUGCCCGGGACUGCCUCUGGGGUCUGUGUGGGCCAGCCGUUGAUGUUCUUCGUGAUCCAGCCCAGCCCGAUGGCUCUCCAGCCAAGUGAGAAGCCACCACCUCCUCCCCAGGUAGCAGUGCCCUGGGCCGCGUGCUCCCCUGCUGACACGGCCCCUUGGCAGCCUGGGCCAGGGGCCAUCCUGCCGCCUCUACAGCCUGAGACACACAUCAGGCGGAGGCCAGAGUCACCCGUUGCUGAAGGCACGGCCCCUCUGCUAGAGCCACAGCCCCAUCCGCCCAGCCUUCCAAGAUCGACAAGCCUCCUAGAUGAGCUCUUGGCGGCCACCGGCAUCCUGGAAACGCAGGCGCCUUCCGCGGGGGACGCUGCAGAUGCACGAGCAAUCCUGGAGGCACCCCUCAGAGAGGAGGAUUACCAGGCACUCCUGGACAUGCUGCCAGGCUCCCCAGGCCCUCGGGCUUAG